AUGUCCUCUACGGACACAAAUCCCGCCCGAACCCCUCGGCUUGAGCAAGCCAUUACCAACCCAGGAUCUGUCAAGAUCAACGUCAAGGGCGCCUUUAUCGUCGACGAUGACCCCCGUUCCAAGAGCCCUGUAAGGGCCGAUGGCGUCCAUUACGAGGGCCAGGAUAUUCGUUUACCUCACCACACAGGCGUUGUGAGCCAUGUUGCCGUCGAUAUUGGAGGCUCACUCGCGAAACUGGUCUACUUUACACGCGAACUGGACUCACCGGACAAUGGCGGGCGGCUGAACUUUAUUAACUUCGAGACCGAUCGGAUACACCUUUGCCUGGAAUUCAUCAAACAACUCAAGGAAGAGCAUCGGGGCCUCAAUGGGGGGUCGAAAGAGGAAUUAUGUGUCGUGGCUACUGGUGGCGGGGCCUACAAAUAUUACGACAAACUCAAGGAGACUUUAAACGUGAAUAUCAUGCGAGAAGAUGAAAUGGAAUGUCUCAUUACGGGGCUUGAUUUCUUUAUCACCGAAAUCCCGAACGAGAUAUUUACAUAUAGUGAGACCGAGCCGAUGCAAUUUGCCGAGGCCCGACCGGAUGUGUAUCCAUACCUCUUAGUAAACAUCGGCUCCGGAGUUUCCAUGAUCAAAGUGUCAGGGCCAAAGCAAUUUCAACGUGUUGGCGGAACCCACUUGGGUGGUGGAACGUUUUGGGGUAUCAUGUCAUUGUUAACAGGCGCCCGAACCUUUGACGACAUGUUAGCAAUGGCGGACCGAGGAGACAACAGUGGAGUGGAUAUGCUAGUCGGUGACAUCUAUGGCAUGGAUUAUGGCAAGAUUGGUCUGAAGAGCACCGCUAUUGCAAGCACUUUUGGAAAGGUAUUCCGGCUACAGAACGAGGCGCAGCACAAGGAGAACGAGGAGGGAACAGAGAAUGGCGAACAUGCCGACGACGAUUUGAUGUUUAAACAUGAGGAUAUGAGUCGAAGCCUACUAUAUGCCAUCAGUAACAACAUCGGACAAAUCGCUUACCUCCAGUCUGAGAAGCACCAAGUCAAGCAUAUCUACUUCGGUGGCUCUUUCAUUCGUGGACACCGUCAAACGAUGAACACACUGUCAUACGCUAUCCGUUUCUGGUCCAAGGGCGAGAAGCAAGCGUACUUCCUCCGCCAUGAGGGCUAUAUCGGCGCAGUUGGCGCAUUCCUUCGCCGGAAGCCAGUCAAUUGGGGCCGCAGAAGCAGCAUUGACGAGCAUACAUCUGCUAAUGGAAUCUGA